AUGAAGACGUUGUGUCUCCACGGCGCGUACGGCAGCGCUGCAAACUUCAGGGUGCAGUUGGGCCCCUUUAUCGACAGCAUAGAAAACCCCGGCAACGUGGACUUCAAGUGCAUCGACGGCGGCCACGUGGCCACGCCGCCCAAGGGCUUCGAGGCCUACUUUGGCGCCCCUCCCCUGUUCCGCUUCAUCAACUUUGACGGCAUCGAGGGCCUUGACGACAUGCUCGUGAAGAUCCGCCAUGUACCCGAGGGCAUGAGCGCAGAGGACACGAUGCGUAACCUGAUUGGCGAUAAGGAUGUCUUUAGCGGUCCGGCUGUCAAGUCGACGAUGGACAGGCUAUGUGAGAUGUUAGACGAGGAUCACGAGAUUGAAGGAAUCCUUGGCUAUUCCGAAGGAGCCACGGCGGCUGCCACGCUCAUUCUUGAGGAACGUCGCCGAUUCGAAGAGGAGGGUCGACCUCGUCGCAUCAAGUACGCCGUAUUCUUCGCCGGAUGGCCACCCGUCGCUCUCAAGGGCGACAAGGUGCAGUGCCUCCUGGCCGACGAGUGUGAGGACAUCAUUGAUGUUCCUACCUGUCACAUAGUCGGCUGCAAGGACCCGUACAUUGGCGGCGCCAUGGCGCUGUAUAGUAUGUGCAACGAGGAUACGGCCAUUUUGUUUGACCACGGCAAGGGCCACACAAUGCCGCGCGACGCCAUCACCAUCAAGGAGCUGUCGGCGGCUGUAGAGCAGACAUUUGCACGGCGGGAGGCGGCGGUUUGA